GUAAUUUUAAGUAAAUAACAAAGAUAAACAUGUGGAAAUUAUCUUCUACAUUAAUUUUACCAAAUAUAGAAAGUAUUGAAAGCCACUUUUUUGUUAUAGUGACCAGAAAUUCGAUUGCUCAGAGAAGAGAUUUUUAAUUGUUUAAAAUCUUUACUUUUUUGAUAUAAUCCCAUAAUAUUAUGUAUUCAGGAACAGCCUUAGAUGCUGAAAAAUUAAAUAAUGAUCAACAUGUUCGUAAUUGGGGCAACUGCCCUACGGAAAUAUUGAUAUUAUUUUUCUCUCACCUUGAUUUAAAAUCUUUAUCAAUUUGUAUGUUUGUUAACAAGUCUUGGUUAGGAGCUGUUAAAUAUUAUCUGCAGCAUUUUGAGUUAUGGCGUGAGAUGGUGGAAGUAACAAUCCCUAAUAAAGGUGUUCUAUACAAAGAGAAGUGUGCACUAGGAUGGAGAGAAAUCCUUUUCAAUUUCUUCCUCUGGAGAAAAAUAUCAAAAGCCAGAGUAUCUCACUAUACAAGCUUUCAUGUAAAACAUGUCAAAUCUAUGAAAGUGUAUAAGAAUGAACUAAUAGUUGUCCUUGAUAACGAAGUUAAAUAUUUAAACAUGGUGGACACUAGCUGCAAUAAAACAUUGCAUGUAAAAUGUUACAGUUAUGAAGAAUCAGAUUAUUUGGUUACUAUACUGUCGAAGCAGCAGAAUAAUAACAAUAAUAACAAGUCACUGUUAAUACAAAAUAAACAGUACCAGUCAGACAUGCAAUACUGUGACGUAUUCAACCUGGACAUUAUCGGGUGUUACAAGUUAUAUUCAAACAGUUGUUACUUCAUAGACAGUAGUAGCACAUUGUGGGUGGCGAUUACUGAACGUCACAACUACUUCAGCGUGAAGGCCGUAGCCAAGAUCUACAAGCCCGUUUGCGUUGUGGCUCUGCACGUCUUCAACCAAAAGGUGUAUGUUGUGACAAAAGAAGGCAUUAUGUUCUAUGUGGACGGGCUACAGUUUAAGAAGGUGCACCACAUUUCUUACCCCCAACUCUGUGACGAUGCCGAUAUUAAAUUAUCAUAUCGUUUACCAUUUCCUUUCAAUGAUGGCUGUGUGGCUUAUAGAGUACCAGCCAAUGCAAAAUGGGAAAUAUCCAAAUCGCAUCAGUUCGAUAAAAUCAUAAUGGCUGUCCCCAGACUGUCGGCGCUUUUUGAGCAUGGAGAGCUAUUGUUCGUGGGAUAUGAAGAUGGAAAAAUCGAAAUACAUUGCAUAGACAAAAUUCUACAGUGUCAAAACGAGCCGCAGAAGCAGUUUUAUAUGAGGAGUUUCGUGUACGACAAGGACGGCGACUACCGGAUACAAGCUUUGGACGUGUACGAGCGAGUCGGCAGACACUACUUGGUCGUCGCCUUAGAAAAUAACGUUCAUCAGAUGUUUAUACAACUGAAACAACGCUAGUCACAUAGCUGUAAGCUAAGCCCGGUGUACACAUUGGGCCAACGCCAGUGAUGCUCUAAGCCAUCCAUGCCUGUGCCCUAUCUUUAGUAUGUCAACUAGAAUCAGUCUUUGAACCAUAAAGUUAAUAUAGU